CCGUGCUCCCUCGGCGGCAGCGGGGCCGGGCAGGUUGGCGUCCAAGCCGACACAGCCCGUGCCGCGUCCGGCUCCGCUCGCCGCCUCCCCGCCCGCCUCCCGUCAGGGGCUCCCCGCUCCUCCCCGCCCAGGAGGCGGGAGCCCGCCGCACAGCGGGAAGCGAGCGGGGCAGAGCGGCCGCGCUGCCCGGCGGAGCACCAUGUUGGAGUCCAUCCGUGUCACCGAAAAACUUCACUGGCCUAAGACAGAGCUUUCCAAGAAGUCAGUCCUGAGUCCGGAAGAGCAUAAGCUGAACGCCAGCAAUGAGAACAACCCCCAGCACCCACCUUCUGGGAUCCUUAAGGACAUUUUCACCACUGGAACCAGUAGCUACAAUGUCCUUCUGCAAAGCAAAGAGGAGAAAAAACACCACUCCCAAAAGCAGUCGUCAGCUCACCACAAGAAGCACAGAAGAACCGCCAAGUGCUCCGUCAGCCUGCGAGGCCCCGAGCCCCGCAGGCUCCAGGCGCCGCUGCCUCUGCUCAGCAGCGGGUGGUACUGCUCCAGCAGACAGCCGCCGCUGCUGCUCACCGCGCCACUGCCUGCCAGCAGGAAGCUCACCAACAGCGGCUCGGCUGCGGGGAGCGGCGCGGGACUGCCGCCUCGACCCAGGAGCAGAACUAAGAGGCAUUUUAAUCUACCAAAGCCUAAGCCGUCCCAGUCCUCAAAAAUCCACGGGAGAGAAGGCGAUGCCUCCAGCCGCAAGCUCUGUUUAUUGACUGCCAUCAAACCUUCCAAUGUGGAGAAAGAGAAGAUGAAAUUCUUCCAGUCGGAUUUCACAUACAACCCUCAGUUUGAAUACGCAAACCCUGCUCUGCCAAACGUGUUAGCUAAGCACAGCCACGCCUCUGACAGAUUUCUUAAGCAGUCCAUCAACAUUAUGGAGAGGACAUUGCAGAAAUAUGGAAGCUACGAGAAGUUUGAGCAGGCCACUGGAGGCAGCUUGCUGACCAAAAGCCGCAUCUGGAACCACGUCAGGAAGUACAUGGUGAAAGAAGGCUGCCUGGGGGAGAUUGUGGUCCAUCUCACGGAGGACCUGCUAUCUCGAGCCUCCAUGACGGUGGUGAACGGCCGCCCCACUCUCACUAUCAACGUCUCCACGGCACGGGAGCACUGGCUGGAAGGGAUGCUGAGACAUGAGAUUGGAACUCAUUACUUUCGGGGCUUUAACAACAGCAGCCAGCCUUGGUGCAACUGGAACGGGCGCAGGAAACACGGGCUAAAACCCAUCAACCCUACAGAAGAGGGGCUGGCGAGCAUCCACAGUGUCCUGUUCCGCAAAGACCCUUUCCUUUGGAGAGCUGCCCUCCUCUACUACACGGUGUAUCAGGCCAGCCAGAUGUCCUUCAGUCAGCUUUUCCAGGACCUGGGCAGAUUUGUCAAGGACCCCAACACCAGGUGGGAUUACUGCGUACGAGCCAAGAGAGGCUGGACUGACACGUCACAGCCAGGCUGUUUCAAUAAGGACCAGGUGUACUUGGAUGGCAUCCUCCGAAUCCUGAGAUACAGGGAGUCCAUUGAUUUCCACCUCCUGACAGCCCUUGGGAAGAUCUCGUACGAGGACGUGGAGCGCCUGAAGGGAUUCGCCGUGGUGGAGAACGUGAGGGUCCCACACUUCCUGCAGGAUCACGCUCGCUACAUGGAGCACUUGCAGAAGAUCAUGGAAGUCAAUGAGCUGACUGACCAGGAGCUCCAGGAUCUCAUAAAUUAACAGUUACCAGCCCUCUAGUCACUUCCUCUGGCAGGGUGCAGAGCUGGACUGGCCAGAGCUUGCAAAGAUGGACAUGAGAGGGGUGAGGUGGGAGGGAAGGGUGGCCCAGAGGCUACAGAAUUUGGAAGAAAAGCCCCUUUAUGUUCCUUUUCCCUUUGUGAUGGUGUAUAGUGCUCUUUUUUUAAAGGGUUUGUGUAAAA